AUGAGUCCCGAGCAAGGACAGGCUCCCCAGCAGGCCCCGGCGCAAGGACAGCCAGGCGCUGCUACCCAGCAGCCGCGACCGCCAAUGUACCAGCCGGGCCAAAUCAGGAGUCUGCCAUUGUUGAGCGAGGAGGAGAAGAGCAAAUACGAAAUGGGUCUUACAGGGCUGUGGAACAAGGCCAACAAUUCCCCUGCAAACAGUCCGGAACAGAUCGCGGCGAGACAAAAGAUUAUUGAGUUCUCCAAAAUGCUAGUGAAUAAGAUUCAGGUGCGAAGGACCCAAGCCCGGCAACAGCAGCAACAGCAGCAACAGCAGCAACAGCAGCAGCAGCAACAGGGACAACAAGGAGGACAGCUUGCGCGACCACAAUCCGGACAGUCAAAUACUAUCGGGCAAGCUACCGGAACGCCGACGACUGCUCAAAAAAAAACCCAACAGACUCCUGCUACCAGCCAGGAUUCCCAGGGACAGACUGCUCCCGCCAGUACGGCCCCAGCUCAAAGCCAGAAUUCUCAGGCUGGUGAGGCGGGCGCGGCAGCGGCAUCAACGGCAUUGGCACGAAUCAAAAUUCCUGAGCAGAUUUUGCAACAUGUUAAUAAACUUCCCUGGUGUGCGCCUCCUCCUUUCGCAAAUAAACCUCCGGCCGAAGGUGCCAAGUGGAUCGAGGAUAUCAAAGAGAAGUAUGCACGAGCGAUGUCGACUAUGGACUCUAGCAAGGCCAAGGCUGCUAGUGUGGACAAAAUGAUCAAAGAAAGAGAGGAUGCCAAGAGACCGCUUUCAAACGACGAGAUGCGGCAAUAUCAAGCCAGAAAAGACACACAGCUGAAAAACUACCAGGACGCUCAAAAGUGGAUGGAGACUGUCCGAAAACAUCAGGAGACACUCCUAGCAAGUCAGCAACAAGCGGGCGCACAGGCGAGCCAAAAUAGCACCGCCGCAGCAUCAUCGGGAAGUCAGCAAACCAACGCUCAGGCGGCUCCUAGUGCGGCACAAAACACUGCCCAAGCUGCUACACACAAUGUCACGGCGUCCGUCAACGCAGCUGUCGAAGCUGCAAAGACCCAGAAAAGCCUGGCGGCUCCGAAUCGUCCGUCUCCAGCAAACGGAGCUUCCACCCCAGCAGCGGCACCGGCACCGGCACCGGCGGCCCAGAGCCAACCGCGCCCUGUACCUCAACCAGCACAGCAACCUCAAGGACAAGCCCAGAUCAAAACCGAGCAACCGCAUCCCCCUCCUGUCAACACUGCCCAGGUGCAGGCUGCUGCACAGGGCCAAGCAACCGCAAGAGUACAGACCCCUCAGUCUGCCACACAUGCUACCGCUGGAGGUCCAACUCGUGCCCUGAGUCAUUCUGCCGCCAUGAAUCUUGCAAACCAAAGAGCAGCAAGUACACCAAGCAGCACUCCAGGUCAGGGUCAAGUCGCUACCUCUGGUGCGGGUGCCGGUGGAGUAGUGAAUCAAGGUGCUGUGGUGCCUGGCGCUGUGCAACAACCACCGCCGCAGCCGCAACCGCAACCACAACCACAGCAACAACAACAAGGCCAUCCUCACGCCCACCCUACGCAGACCCAGACAGGAACUCAAGCCAAGAUGCCGAUUCCCAAACAACUACCGGAGAAGGCAACUGCUCUUCCGCAAGGCGUUACGGUUGGCGGAGGCGUGUCGGCUGGGCGUCCAACCAUGUCACAGGGAAGCGGGACUCUAGGAGGUGUAAUGAACCAACCCCCGUUAGCGAGAAUCCCAGCAUACAGUCAUGAUGCUGAAGGAGAUCACGUUUUGAGCAAGAAGAAGCUGGACGAGCUUGUUCGACAAGUUUGCGGGGGCUCUGGUGACUCUCAAGACGGUAAUCUUCUGACGCCAGAAGUCGAAGAGAGCAUCCUGACCAUGGCCGACUCUUUCGUAGACACGGUGCUACACUCUGCGUGUCGUAAUGCUAAGGAGCGGGGAUCCAAAGUGCUUGAGAUUCGCGACAUCCAGUUAGUUCUAGAGCGGGCGUAUAACAUCCGAAUUCCCGGAUACUCAUCUGAUGAACUUCGCACGGUUCGGAAGGUGCAGCCUUCACCUGGCUGGAUUGCAAAGAUGAGUGCGGUACAAGCCGCCAAGGUGAUGCCCGGAAAGGGUGACGCGUGA